UAAGGGGGCGGGGGAGGAGGGGGUCAGUCCCAAGAUGGCCGCCACCAUGAAGAAGGCGGCUGCAGAAGAUGUCAAUGUCACUUUUGAAGAUCAACAGAAGAUUAAUAAAUUUGCUAGGAAUACCAGUAGAAUCACAGAGCUGAAGGAAGAAAUAGACGUGAAAAAGAAACAGCUGCAGAACUUGGAAGAUGCUUGUGAUGACAUCAUGAUGCUGGAUGAUGAUUCUUUAAUGAUCCCUUAUCAAAUUGGUGAUGUUUUCAUUAGCCAUUCCCAAGAUGAAACCCAAGAAAUGUUGGAAGAUGCAAAGGGGACUCACAGUCUAAACUUGUUCGGAAAGACUGGUGACGGGAACAUGAAGGAUGUAAUAAAGAUAUUUCUGCUUUAAGAUGCAGAAAUAGGGGAAAUUUUUGCCCACUGCAUUCUGAAAAAUUUACAAGACGAGAUUGACGCAUUAGAGUCAAGAGUAACAUCUAUCCAGCGAGUGUUAGCUGACUUGAAAGUUCAGUUGUAUGCAAAAUUUGGGAGCAACAUAAACCUUGAAGCAGAUGACAGCUAAAUGCUGAAAAAUGCCACUUUAUACAAAUUUGUUAAAUACACUUGAAAAUGGAUAACUUUUCUUUAUAGGAUGUUGAAAGUGAUGCCACCUUUUUUUAGAACUUUUCAAUCUUAUGUUUCUAAUUAAAAGCAUGCUUAUUUUCAGAUGCAUACCAUUAUUUAUUAUUUUUUAAAAGAACAGUGUUGAACUUUGUACUUGCAGAACAGUUCCUGUAUAUCAAGAAUAUGGUCUUUGUUUUGUCUUUAUUAAAAUAAUCUAGCCAUCAA